AUGGCAGCGGGAAUGGACGCAAAAACGGCAGAGCCAACUCUCCCCGAAACUUACAAUGCAUUCUUUUACGGCACUCUCAUGGCCCCCGAAGUUCUCUACCGCGUAAUCUACGGUGCAUCCAAUCACCCUUCCACUUCUCUAACCAUCACUCCCGCCCUUCUCCAUGACUACUGUCGACAUCGAGUUAGCUUCGCUGACUAUCCAGCCAUCAUCUCUGAGCCAGGUCAUACCGUCCGUGGUACCUACGUAACCGGUCUUACGCCCUCCAACAUGCGAAACUUGGAUUACUUCGAAGGAUCUCAAUAUGAGCGAAAAGUAGUCACUGUAAAGCUCCUGGCCCCAAAGGAUAAAAGUACGCACGGCGCCAAUGCAAUCAUGGCCGAAGCUGUAGAAACAGGAGAAGAGAAAGAAGCGCAAACAUAUGUCUUUACAGAUCUAGACGCUUUGGAAAAAGGAGAAUGGGAUUUUGAAUUCUUCAGACGAGAAAAAUUGAGAAAUUGGGCGGAUGAAAGUGAGGAGUAUGCCGAAGUUGAUGCGAAGGCUGCGAAAAGCAACGAGACCGAAAUUGGUAUUCAUGGUUUCCUUGAUCAACCAGAUCCUACUGGCGGGCGCGGCAUUAAAACGGCUAUGGGAAAGGAGUUGAAGGAGUUAACAGAUAAAAAGAGAGAGGAAGAAUGGAUUUUGGAGGAAAAGAAGAGAAUUGCAAGAGAGAGGUCUAAGUGCCAAUGUACUAUCGGAUAA